CUUUGUAGCUGUUGAUGCUUCAUCUUUUGCGACACCUCUCUCCUCAGACGUUCCCCUUCUCGUCGUGUACCAAUCCUGUGACCUCGAGAACACGACGUACUUUCUGCUUUCUUGAUAUGUAUCCGUUGUCCUUUCUUGCCAGAUUUAUUUUUAUGUCGGUCGUGAUAAUGUUGAUGCUCAUUUUCCCUUUCUAGCGUCUUUGUCUUUUGACAAUUGUUGUUUGCGAGCGCGAUUUUCUUCCCGCGUUGUUCGUGCGCUCCUUCGAGGGACAAGACUGACGAGAGGUGUUUAGUCCUGUUAGAUAAUCAUGUGGACGCUUACAAGAUCAAGCAGACACUGAGAAACAUCCACUACGAAGACCUAUCAACAUGGGCGCCCCGUCCGUCGUCCGCACGAAGGGGACAAACAUCACGGCCGUCUACUGCUCGGCCUGCCGGUCUAUGCAUUGCAAAAGUAUCGUACGUGGUAUAAAUUGCAUCACAAAUUUUCUCAAGAAAAAAAAAUGCAAUUUGUAAUGCUAUUUCGCCUAACAAGGGAUAUUUGUCAUGCACGAUAGCAAUUACUACGAGUGCGAUACUUAUUUUGCAGUGGAUACUGUCCCAAAUCAACAAUCGCCAGGCCAUGACGAUGUUUUACGACAAGUUUUGCCCCCAGAUCAAGAACCGGCUGGGGGUGAGAAGAACACUAUCGAAUGCAAAAGUAUCGUGCAACUCGUGCUAAUCGCAAUCCUGCAUGACAAAUCUAGUUUCUUACCUGAAUUUGCAUGACAAAGUCGACUUCUCUUCUUGAGAAAAUUUGUCCUGCGAUUCAUACUAGUUGUGCGAAGAUACUUUUGCAAUGCAUAAAGGCUCGAGAACAACAACUGGGGCACGCGGAAGCAGGUCGGGAUUUACUCCACUUCUGUCACCCACCCGCCGAAUUCCCACAUUGUGAAAAUGCUAAACAACGCCGGAGUGAAGUGUCAGGACUGCGGGGCACACGGGAGAUGGAGCAAAACGCCUUAUGGAUGUUGUGGUGAAGAUGGUGGUAGAAGUACCACCGGAAAUAAGCUGAAUGACGUUAUUGAGUGCGGGGUGAGAAAAUCUCCCCAGCCGUACCAGAGAGAACACAUCGUGAAAAGUAACCGGUGAUUUGCAAUCCCAAUUGAUGCAACUAGCAUUGGCUGAAGAUGAACAAGUUGACCAGCAGUGAAGAUUCGCCCAGGAUUUUAGGUCCACCGCCCGUCCUCAAGAUUCCGGCACAUCGUGCCACUGCGAAAAUCAUGUCCGCAACCACUGCGACAUCUCGCUCAGGUAGUAC